AUGGCGCCCGCCUCGGUGACCUCCACCGCCUCCAACUAUGAGCUAGAACGAGAGGACAAGAAACGCGAUGCGGCCUUCAACAAGGUCCUCCACGGCAAGAGCGCCCAAAGCAGAGGUGGUCUGUACGCCAUGCGUGGCAAGGACGCCGCUGCCAAGAAGGAGGCCGUCGAGGAGUACUUCAAGCACUGGGACAAUAAGGCCGCUGCUGUCGAGACCGAGGAGACGCGGAAAGCGCGACGGGACGAGUAUGCUACUUUGACUAGACACUACUACAACCUCGCAACCGACCUCUACGAAUACGGCUGGGGCACCUCCUUCCACUUCUGCCGCUUCGCACACCGCGAGCCCUUCUACCAAGCCAUCGCUCGCCACGAGCACUACCUCGCCCUCAAGAUGGGCCUCACCGAGAACCAGACUGUGCUAGAUGUCGGCUGCGGCGUUGGUGGACCCGGUCGGGAGAUCAUUAAGUUCACGGGUGCCAAAGUCAUGGGCCUGAACAACAACGACUACCAGAUUGAGCGAAGCUUGUACUACGCCGCGAAGGAGGGCAUUGCAGACAAGUGGGGCGCGACGAAGGGGGAUUUCAUGCAGAUGGAUCUGCCGGAGAACAGCUUUGACGCCGUAUAUGCGAUUGAGGCGACCGUGCAUGCGCCGAAUUUGCAGGGAGUGUAUGAGCAGAUCUUUCGGGUGUUGAAGCCGGGCGGGGUGUUUGGAGUGUAUGAGUGGUUGAUGACGGAUAAGUAUGAUAAUGAUAACCUGGAACAUCGCGAGAUCAGGUUGGGCAUUGAGCAGGGCAACGGCAUUUCGAACAUGGUUAGAGUGUCUGAAGGCCUCGAGGCGAUCCGCGCCGCAGGCUUUGAGCUGGAACUGCACGAGGAUCUCGCCGAGCGGGACGACCAGGUGCCCUGGUACUACCCCUUGGCUGGCGACUGGAGAUAUCUGAGUGGUCCCGGAGAUCUGUUCACGAUCGGGAGGAUGAGUUGGUGGGGUCGGGGUCUCGUGCAUAAGUUCAUUGGCUUGGGCGAGAUGUUGAGGGUCAUGCCCAAGGGAACGCAGAAGACGGCUGAUAGUCUGGCAAGGACAGCGGACGCUUUGGUAGCUGGUGGUAAGCAGAAGCUGUUCACGCCCAUGUAUCUCAUGGUGGCGCGGAAGCCCAAGGCUUGA